CAAUGCGCUGUCCACACCGGCGUGUCAGGUUUUCUGUGUCCUUUCUAAUAUUGCAUACAAUAGUAUAGUUAUCAUAUGAAAGGAUUUACACGAUUCAGCCAAGACACAGUCAGGUCAGCUGUGAAAGGCUGUGAUUGGGUGAUGUUGUAGCCUCUGCUCUGUCAGCGUUAGAUGCGCCGUUUUGGUCAUCUUCUCCGAGCCUAUUAUUACGCUGUACAAUUGAAUCAAUGUACGGCUGGUAUUCAGAGUGCUGAUCCAUGAUCACACACCAUAAAGCCUCGUGUUAACGCGCAGCCUCUUUCUGUAUUUACAUUGUGGCUGCCUGUGCGCCUCGACGUUGCUCUGCGAUUGGAGCCCCGGUUAACAGGUCUGCGACCGAGGAUCGCCGAAGUCCUUUGACACGGUCGCCUCGGCAUUUUCUCUGGAGGAUUCUGAAUCACUUUUAUGAGAGAACAUUAAGAUAAACCCAUCUCUGCUAGGAUUUAUUCACGGGUCUUUUUCGUGAUGCAACAGCGCGCCGUGUGAGCGCUCAACCUGUUCCACAAGAACAGUCUCUUAGAGGCUGCUCGCCUGUCAGCAGGUGGUGUGGCAUGUGGACAGGGGUGGUCACCUGCCUCUCCCCGUGAGUGUCAAUACACAGUUAGUUAAGGUGCUCGCUCCGGACGUUUGAGGUGAGGGAAGUGGCAGUCAGUGAGUCACAAUGCUCGGCCAGUCUCCUCACCUUAUCGGAGGCAUCCUGUGGAUCCAGAAUCCAAUGAGAGCUGUUCACUGCAACCUGAGCCAGAAUGGCAUCGACCACCAGAUGUGCCAGGAGAAUAUGACGUCACAGCUGGAGGAGGAAGAAGAGUCUGUGGACGUGGGGUCUGUCCUGCUGGAUGACGACAGCCCAAGCUAUCAGGAUGUCAGCCCUCCUAGGUACCAGCGGCGCUCCCCGCCACACCGAUCUGUCUCAGAGUCUGAGCUGACCCGGACAGGAUAUGUGAAGCUGUCCAAGCCAGUGGCCCUGUGGACCCAACAGGACGUGUGCAAAUGGCUGAAGAAACACUGUCCCAAUCAGCACCAGAUCUACAGCGAUUCGUUCAAACAGCACGACAUCACAGGGCGGGCUCUGAUGAGAUUGACGGACAGAAAGCUGGAAAGAAUGGGCAUCAUGCAGGAAGCGCAGAGGCAGCACAUCCUGCAGCAGGUCCUGCAGCUUCGUGUCCGGGAGGAAGUCCGGACUCUUCAACUUCUCACACAAGGUAACUUUUAGGCAGAACAUGUUCGUCUUCAUCUGCCUGUAUUUUAUUCCAUCCCUAGCAUCCUCUCGAACAUCAACCCUCUGCAUAUCCUCCUUCACUACAUCCAUGAAUCUUUCAACCCAACCCGUCCCCUUUAUCCAGGCUUGGUUCUGGCACUAGGAUUUCACUGGCCUCCCUGUGGCUGGGUCUUCUAAGCAGAACCCUUUGCACACAGUAUAUACGCUGGACCAUAAUGCUGUCAAUCCUCAUCAGCAUCUAGGUUUUAAGCGUACAUAUUUUAUCUGCCUGUCAGCAAUGUAAAAUUCUUCUCAAUAAACCCAGCAUGUCACAUUUUGAUAAAUAUUCAAAUCAUUUAAUGUGCAGCAUUUAUGCACAUGCCAUCUGUAGUCAUGGCAAUCACUGCAUGUUUUAAAGCCUGCAGGAAGUGGUGAAUCAUAAAUGAUUAUGCAACUGAGAGAGUCAUGCACAAAUUGUUUCUUUUGGUAUCUUUUGGUGUACUGUGAUCACAGACAGCUCAGAGUGGUAAACAUGAUGACUUGUUGAUGUUAAAGGCGUAGUUUAGAGCUAUCCUGCUCCACAUUUACCUGGUGGAGCAUGAUAAGUGUAUAUAUCUCUUUAAGGCCAGAUGCAACAUCAGCGUGUAAAACCCUUUAAGACGGUGCGAUUUUUGCAAGCUUCUCUGGAACGUUAUAUAUGCUUUGCAUUUAAAAAAAUAUAUUAACUACGCUUACAGCAUGUACGGCUCUAAAGAGAGAUGCGCACAGAAGUCGCUGCCUUUUAAGAUUUACGACUUUACCUGCCUACACAGGUCAGGCUGUGAUAACUUAUAUGGUUACACUGUAAGGUUGUUUGACAAAACAUUUCAGAAUAGCUAUAAAGAGUCUACCUGUAUGCCAGACAUUCAUCUCAGCAAUAUGUGUGGGUGCUGCUACACUCCAACGCAAGCACAGGCAUAGGAUCAAUGCUCGUGUGCUGACAGAAGAACAAAAUACCUUCAGUUUUGCAAGCAAUAUGUUGAGUUUAUUAACACUAAAGGAAAAGGAAUGAUUUUAAUUGUAAGUGGACAGUUUAUCUGCAUACUGUAGAGCUGUCUGAAUUCAGAAUAUGUUCUUAAGAAGUAACAUUGCAGUAUUAACUUAGACUGUUUUAACUACUAAACAUAUUGCUUUCUCUAAUAACUUUGACAGCCAAGGUUUAACUGUUUUUGUCUUACUUUCCCUGCGUUAGCUUACUCUCAAUGCAUGUAGCAGUAAAUGUACUGUUAACAAACACACUUUAGAAAUAUGCAGUAUAGGAGCAAUACAGCGGGUAUAAAAAUGACGACUCUGUAUUUAGGUCAUGCCAAAGCAGCUCAGAGGGAUUUAAGUUUAGAUUUUGUUUUGGCUACUCCAAAAGUUUCAUUUUGUUUUUGUUUUUUGUUCUUUUUGGAGCCAUUCAGAGGUGGACUUCCUGACCUGUUUCAGAUCAUUGUUCCGCUGCAUAAUCCGAGUGUGCUUGAGCUUUAGGGCACAAACUGAUGGCUGGACGUUCACCUUCAGGAUUUUCUCGCAGAAAGCAGAUUUCAUGGUUUCAUCAAUUAUAGCUAGUCAUUCAGGUCCAGAAGCAGCAAAACAGUGUCAGACUAUCACACUAGCACCACUAUAUUUGACGGUUGCUAUAAUGUUCAUUAUAUGAACUGCUGUAUUAGGUUUACACCAGAUGCAACAGCAAACAAAAAGUCCAUCUUUUGUCCUGUCAGUCCACAGAAUAUUUUCCCAAAAGUCUUGGGAAUCAUCAGGAUGCUUUUUUUGGCAAAUGUGAGACAAGCUUAUUGUUUUUAUUAGUCAGUGUUUUCUCCUUGGAUCUCUCAUGUGGAUGCCAUUUUUGCCCAUUGUCUAUCUUAUUCUUGAAUCAUGAACUCUGACUUUAAUUGAGACAAGUGAGGCUCGCAGUCCUUUACAUGUCGUUCUGGUUUAAUCUGUGUCCUUGUUGAUGCACUCUUGAAGUGGAUAAUGGUGCAUGUCAUCCACAAAUGCAUAAUUUGAAUGCAGUUAUAUGACAAAUAAUACAGCUCAUUGUGCAGUUAAUUGCUGAUUACUUAGCACUCCAUCUGGCUUCAAAGAUGCUAAUGUUGGCGCAUCAAAGCUCAGACCAGUGGCUCUUCAUGGUGGUUAUGGCUUUCUUUUAUAUACAGUCUCUGGGGAUUACAUGAAACAGACGGAAGAAACUGAGAAGUGUAAACAGGCUUACAAAAAGCUCACCAUUUUCCUCCAUUUAUGUUCAUGCACAAGGAUACGUAAAUGCAGUUUGUCCUUCAGUCUCAUUUUUUGCUUUUGACAGACCAUUCAUCUGACUUUCCACAAUACAUUCUUCAAUACAUUCUAAAGUGAUCCAAAAUUAAUGAGCUUGUCUGUUGCUCUAACUCCACCUUUUUAACAAGUUUCAUCAAAUUCGGCUCAGUAGUUUUUACUUAAUCCUGCAGACAAACAAACAUACAGAGAAACAAAUAAACAUCACUGGAAACAUACAUCCGCCUCCACUCUAUCCUUGGCGAAGGCAUAACAGCCAGCCAGGUGCUGUUGUUUUCCAUCUUCUCCCCUCUCGCUCUCCUCCUCACCCUGUGAAUUCUCAGCAUCCCUCGUCUCUUUCUCAGCAAUUCUAGCUUCCCUCCACCAGCUACCAGCAGCACUCCUCAUCACCACUGUUUCCAUCAGCACCCAUCUGCAAAGACUCUCAAGCAGAGCUUCGCCUCAGGGGCCAAGAAACAAAUUCUAGGGAUCUUUGUCACUUCGCAAAAUUCUUGGAAAACAUUUGGAAUGUGAUAAAGCUGGCACUGUCCCCCGCUUCUGUUUUGGUCCCUUAGCACGUAGAAAACAUAAAGACAGAGUGGAAAGGAUGGAGAUUGUCUGAGUGAUGACACUUUGCUAAGGGCUACUCUUAGCUUCUUUGUCACAAUUUGUGUCUCAUCUUCCCCAGUCUUCUUCUUUUUUUCACUCUCUCUCUCAUUCCUCUCUGUUUUGUAUUGAUGAUAUGGGGAAUGACAGCCCACCAGCCUCAGCAGCAUCAGGCCACUGGCCUCAGCAGGGAGCAGCCUGUUAGAGAAGCCUAUCUGGGCCUCAGGGAGAAAAAACAGAACGACCAAAAAUACUAAUUUGAUAACUGUAGGAAAUCUGGAAACAGAAAGAAGAAGUAGAGGAUGAAAGGGGAUGUAGAAAAUGUCUUUUUGUGUAUGGCAGUGUGAUAAGAAAUUAAUAAGAAUAGGGUCUUCUAAGGUCUACUAAGCAUAAAUUAGCAGCUUUCUAAAGUAUGCAUAAGCACUUUUUAUUCACAGUAAUAUCAAGAACACCGGUCAUGCUUCAACUUCUAUUCAGCAGUCAUAGGUGGUGCAUCCAAGGCACUUUAUAUCACUGAACUUUGGUGGGAAGUGAGAGGUACUCUUAAGCUGUUGCUUCUGGACAUACUUUUGGUAGUAAAAGGGAAAAAAGUGGAAGGAGAAGAGAUGGUGCAGUAUUUCUAGGCCCAGGGCGAAGUUCCUUCAGCUGUUGCUAAAGUGAGAUACAGCUGUACACAGUUAGAAGCCGAGCCAGUGACAGAGAGAAAUUAGGUGAGAAAGAGACGGUGGUUGAGUGCUGUUGAGAUAAUGAAGAGGAAGAAAGGAGGAGGAAGAGAAGCGUUGAGAGUAGUGGGGAGGGAGUGAGACAGUAGGUGACGAGAAGGUAGGAUGAGGGAGAAAAGGCGGUGAGAAGAAAGAAUGAGUGAGGAAUGUGAGAAAGAGAGGGGGUGAGAAAAGGAAACCCUCCUCACUUAGAGAUGUGAUGCAAGAUAUGAAUACAUCUCUCUUUCUGUACCUAUAUAAACACAUCUCUCUAUCCACUUCAGUUCAGUGUCACGGUUGGGCUGCAGCUUAUCCUAGCUGUCAUAGGAUGCGAGGCGGAGUAAAGCCCCGACAGUUUGCCCGUCUGUCACAGGACUAACACAUAGAGACAGGCAAUUCAUGCUCACAUUCACACCUACGGUCAAUUUAGACUCACCAUUUAACCUAACCCCGUGUAUAUAUUUGGACUGCAGGAGGAAGCCCGGAGUACCUGGAAAGAAACCAAGUGACAAAAUGCAAAGAGAAAGGCCCCAGCUGGGGAGCGGUUUCAGACCCAGGAUGUUCAGGAGGCGACUGUGUUAACCACCAUGCCGCUCUCUAUCGGUUUAUGUCUGUCAAAUAUAUACUUCAUUCGACUGAGAUAUUAAGAGGUUGGAAGCCGGGUCAACACCUGAGGCUGUUUGUCCUGUUGCCUGAGCUUUUUUUGUUGUGCUGUAAGAAGUGUUGUCUUGAACUUGACACGUCUGCGGUUUAAUCAUAUCUUAAUUGCCUAAUUUGAAGUCCACUGUAGUGGUGUACAGACACCAAAUUAGAACAGUUAUGCCCUUGUCUAAAUACUGACGCAGACAGACACACAGAUAGACAAACAGACAGAAUAAGGCAUUAGAGGAAGCAGGAGAGGGAGAGCGAGAGACAGGUGUUGUAAUUACUGCAGUGUACCCAGACAGAAUUAGCUCAACGGACAGUGAUUAACCUUUAAGGCUUGCUGGGCCAUGGGAGAGAAAUAAUUAGAUUUCUCCCCUCUCUUUGUCUCUCCCUUUCUCUCUUUGCCACGAGGACAGCGGAAGCUCACGACCACUUAUUCCCUACAGUCAUCAGAGAUGGGCUGAAGUCCUCCAAAUGGAAAGUGAUAUCCAGUGGUAUAUCCAGCCUUUUAAUAGCAGCCUUAGAGAUGCUUUGGAAUAAGAGCAGGGUUCAGAAUAACACUGAUCUAAAGUGGUGUGGUGCACGAUACCAGUGGUAGCAUAAAAGCAAAGCAGGGGUGUGCACUGUAUGUUCAGACUGAGAAAUGUGGAGCAGCACUGGAGCUGAAGGAAUCUGAUUAAUGUUGUGCAACAUUAUGUCUUUUACAUUGGCAAGAUUAUUCCAGCACUUGUGUAGAGAGUAAACAAAAGAAUACUUUGUGUUGCUGUUUCUGAUGCUUGAAGGGUGAGCAUGCUGAAAGAGGUGAGAAAAGAACUUUUCCUCCUUUAGCUGAAGUAAAACUACUACUAAACUAGUAUAACAGUAUGGAAGCCCUCAGUAUAUCACCUCAAAAAUGAAUGAAUGAAUGAAUAAAUAAGGAUUUUUUUGUCAGUUUGAGAACACCUGUCAAAUACAGCUGCUAAUAUUUCCGCUUCAGCAGGGAGGAAAUGAAUAAAAGAUAAAAUCAACAAAUGACAGCUUUUCUACAGUGUCUAAACAUAUGAAAGGGUCAGAUAUGGAAUAGGAAGGACAUUAAGGUGAAUCCAUGACCGAAAACCAAUAAAACUGAAUAUCAUAAGGUGAUUCAGUACACCAUAUUGUCACAACUAGAUGAAGCAUCAUUUCAGCACCAUACUUUUACCAGUCGCUUUUCUGUUUUCCAAGGAUGUCCACACUUCUUGGUGCCAAGCUAGCAUGAAUUAGCAUUUUGACCUGUCCUGUUUUUAUGUGCAUUUGUGCUGUGUCAGAUUUAACAUAAAACAAAAAUAACCUGUAAUGCAAGUUUUGUAAGCAUUUUUAUAUAAAUUGAACCAACUGUUUAUCCAAUGCAUUGAUGACAAAGGUCGGAGUUGUGCCACGCUUUAGCAGUAACCACUGUUACAAAGUGGCCUGAUAACUUGAGGCGAGUCUCCAACAUCUCUAUGGUGGAAUUUCCACCAUGCCUUCUUUCCUGUUUUAAUGUCCCAAGCCAAUUUCAGUGCAUUUCAGAUGUGUUCGUUGACUUGGCCACUGCAAAGUCGUUUUUUUCUCCUUUCAAAGGUAGAUUUAGUCUUAUGCUAGGUUGCUGUCCUGCUGCAUAACUUCAUUUGAGUUUUCAACUUAAAGACUGAUGUUCUUCCUCUGAAUUUUCUAGCAGUGGGAAUUCUAGUAAUGAUGUUAGGUUGUUGAGAGUGUCUCCUUCUUCAAGCACUUCCUAGGCACCACUAUACACCAGUCUAUCAUGGGAAUUAAACACCAGUGAGUAAAGCCCACCAGAGAAUUCUUCCAGUAGCUGAGAAAAUACAGGGUCAGUCGGGAAGGUAUGACCCAAUUUUACACAGCUGUUACAGAGAGUCCUUAUUUUCUCCAUCCUGACUAGAACAGCCAGUCACAACAAACAAAAGCUUGAACAAAGUAGUAUAUAGAGGCUCCAGGAUCAUUGUUUGGGUUUUGCUUUCCAUACCUUCAUACUAUGCCACCAGGAAAGCUAGUCACCUUCAGUCUUCUCCCAUCAGGCAAAAGAUACAAGAGUAUUACUAACAGAACAUCAUGAUUAAGGUACCUACCUUCCAGAUAUUAAGCGCUUUUAUACCCACUGAAACGCUUAUAAAUAACAGUUUAACCUACAUCAGGUUGUGAUCAGAGAAUCCGAAUAUAUUAUGCACUGAAACGUAUAUGUUUGUAUCAUGCAUUUGUAAAAUUAACUGAACGUCUUGCAGUAAAAACUGGCCCAAGAACCAUCUCACCUCUUUUUUUGGUCACUGGGAAGCAUGCAGGAUGCAAUGGCUGCCGUUUUCUCCAUCUUUCAUCACCACAAGAACUAUGGGGCUACAUCACACAUUGUGUGACUUUUCUAUUAGUGCCAUUUGCGAGUAGGGAUAUUACUGUGGGCAGGGAUAGCUCAGUAGGUAGAGUGGUGGUCCUAUGAUCGGAAGGUCGGGGUUUAAAUCCACUGAAAGACUACCCUGAGGUACCCCUGAGCAAGGUACAAUCCCUACCCACUGCUCCCUGGGCGCUGGAUUGGUGGCUGCUCACUGCUUUACUGACUGAAUGAGUUAAAUGCAGAGAGGAAUUUCCCCUCGGGAUCAAUAAAGUAUACAUUAUUUAUUUAUUUAUUAUUAUUUUUAGCUUUUCAUUCAGCCUAGAAUUUCUGGGGAUGUCUUGUAAUCAUUUGACAACAAGUGUUUCUGAUUAAGUUUACAGCUGUCAUCAGUGUUAUGCUCUUUCUAUCCACAGUAGUGACAUCUGUAGUGACAUCCACAGUGGUCAUCUGUAGAAAAAACAAAAGAAUACCACAUACUCAGCCAAAGAUAUAUUUAUUACUAUAGUUAAUUUCAACAGUAGUUAAAAAGGAAAUAUUAGGAUUGUAUGAAAAUCGAAUGGUGAUGUGUUACAUAUGUGUAUUACGAAGGAGAGUGGUGGCAGUUUGCAGCCUGUGUUUGUUUAUGGCUUCUUUUGACAAUAGGACAGAUAUUGUCCCUUUUAAAAAAUAUAUAUAUUUUCUACCCAAAAUGUAAAUGGUAUAUUAAUUGAAAAAUAGCAUUUUUCAUACUCAUAUCUUUUCAGAUGGAUGGUUGGAUAGAUGGAUAUAUGAAGGUUAUGAGGAUUAGGACACAUACUUACAGCGAACUCUACACGAUGUAGCAUCCACUUGUUUGGGAUGUUUCACUGUAUCGCAAGUCCACCUGGAGAGGUUGCAAGCCUUUCUUCACACAAAUGCCCUGAAAACCAACUGUAAUUGACCAAACGUGUGGAACUAAUAAAGGUUUAUCUCUCUCUCUCUAAUUAAUAGAUUAGGUAAUUUAAUCUUUGUCUGGUACCAGUGUCAACUCAGAUGUAUCAAAAUCAAUCCAUUAAAAUCUACAAAAGUUCUCCUCGAUAUCUGUGUGAAUUAUCAAAUUUAGUUCAAUUUUAAACAUCUAAAGCACUGUUGUUGUUAGUAGUUUGUCACUGAGCAAUUUUGUGGUUCUCACAUCUAGCCCUCAUCUGUGAUGUAGACCAGCGGUCCCCAACCCCCGGGCCUCGGACCGGUACCGGUCCGUGAGUCGUUUGGUACCGGACCUUAACAACGGUGUAGAUUCUGCCUGUGCCGCAUUGUCUUUUGUGAAAGAACCAUCAGACACAGACAUGAGGGUAGAAAUAAACACAAAGAAAAACAGGGACAGGUAUUUUAAAAGCUAUAAAGAAUACCCAUACCAUUGUUGUUGUUGUUGUUUUUUUAAACUAUACAAAAAUGAAACUUUUGUGGGUCCAGAUUUUAGAAUUAUACACAUUGUUUCAUAUUAACAAAAUAAUACAAUUAAUACCAUAAAUAUACUUUUUAAAUAUUCGUAUAAGAAGGGAUAAUGGAAUAACAUUUGGGCAGUUUUCCUUGCCUUGUUGUUUCUAGACAUCUCUGAAUGUCCUGUUUUGUCUCUUCUAAUGGAUCCAGUUACAGAGACUUGUUUUGUUGUGGCUGUAUGACCUCAAAGUCUAGUGAAGAAGAACAAAUGAUAAAGAAAUGUUUCCCUUAAAAAUCCAUGUAUCCACAAGCAUUUGUCUUGGUUAAAUGAUUUAAAUGAAUAUUUAAAAUGAAUUUGUUAUUUACCACUAAGGUCUAGUGAUGAUGUUCGUUCACUAUUCCAACAAUGACAUCAUACUCCAUUGGCUUGAUCUAAUGUGGCAUGUUAAUAACUACCUUAUAACCUGAACACAAAAUAAUUAGCCAAUGGAUUUUAUAUAAAUUGGCAGACAGAUAGUAUUUCUAUAUAGUGAUUAUGAUUCAUAUGAAAUUUUGCAUUUCUCAGCAUAGUGUACAGUGCGUCCUUCACGUUAGAUAAGCAAUGUAUCCAGUAAAUGAACAGUAAAAGAUAAUCAUGUGUAAUACUUAAAGUAAUCAUAAGAAAGCCUUUUUAUGAGGUCAGACUAUGUCGAGUACUAAAAGUGGUCACACCAAAGGUUUACACUGUAGCUUAAUUAAUAUUUAUAGAGAGUUUGUAUCUCAGAAAAGGUGCACAGCGCUAGUAAAAUAUGGAUUUACGAUAUUGUGGAAUAUUGUGAUGAUAAUAUUGUUGUGAUUGUGAUUAAUCCACAUUUUCGUCGUUCUUGUUUUUCAUGCCAAUAAUCACUGGCCACGCCUGCUUGAGCCCUAAGAUCUUAAAUUACGAUGAACUUCGUGAUCUUCUGAUCUUUUCUUUCUGCAGCAGCUAUCGUUGAGCUUUUGAUGUGCCAGGUGUUGCUUGCACAUUGUGAGCAGCAUCAGGUAAUGGUGGUUGUGGUGUAGGAACUAAAUGUGGGCCGGCUGUGGCUGGUAAUGGGUCUUCAGGUUGAGGUGACAUGGCUGAAGAUGAUAGUCCCCAGAUGUUUGUGGCACUCUUGGUGUGCGUUCUUUACUUAGCUUCAGAUGGUCGAUGUUUACUUUUGAAAUUAUAACCCCAGUGCAAACCUGAAGGUCUGCGCUUUUGUCCUGGAUAGCCGUUAUAACAUAUGGUCCUAAAUAAUUUGCUUCCUGCUUUCCUCCUUUCCUCUGCUGGGUGCUUAUGUUGGCUCUUUAAACCUUGUCACUGACUUUUUAUUCUGAUUUUUGUCUUUUCCUGUGCAACAACUGUUUAGGUUUUGCAAUAUUCUGUGACAUCUUUUCCAUGCAUUUUUGUCUUCAAUCAGAAAUCUCUAAUUUGGAUAUAACAAAACAUAUUUCAGAUAAAAGAAUAUAGAAACUAACAUCAGUGUCUCUGAUUGUAUUUAAUGUACAAGGAGACAACUUUUCUAUUCAUCAAAACAUUCCUUGUGUUGGUGUUGUUAUGGUGGUGCUAUAGCACGCAUUGAAGUAGUUCUGCGGGAAGCUUGAAUUCUUAUUGAGAUGUAUCGUGUUUGAUUGUCGAGUAGUUUGUCACAGACAGAAAGAUAAAAACAACAACCAUAUACUGUUUGGGAAAUUUGGAUGGUUAACAAGCCUCCCUGCCAAAGUGAGUACUUGGUGGUCAUCUGCUUCUUCUUUUUCUUUUUCUUUUUUGUUCGAACCCCAAAUAUCACGGCAUCAAUAUAGUCAACCCAUGUUCCUGGGUGGUCACCGACAAUUUUAAAGAAGUCUCUGACAGCAUUUGUUUGCAGAUGAUGGGGCAAACACUGAUUUUUUUUUAAUCUAAUAUAUAUUCAACAUUUCACUGUUUUGCUGAGCUGCAAUAAUAUAUAAAACGCACUGGUUUUAGUCUCUUUACAAAAAUAAAAUUUCCAGCAUAGUGCAAAUAGAAAUGCAUUACAGUAAGAGUUAAAACAUAUACCAGUCAUACAAAUGUCACACACAGAGUUAUCAAUACCAGGAUGAUGGUUCUGUUUGAACUGUAACCUGAAAAACAAUAUACAGCUCUUUUCAAAAAUUAUAAUCAUUAAAUCAAAAACUUUGUUUGGACAGGAGAUGACAUAGCCAUCUUUGAAAAUAUAAUAAAAAUGAUUUAUGUCAUCAAUAAUCAAUAGAAAAAAUGGCAUUACAAUGAUUAAGCCCUUCCUAUAACUACUGGUCACCUUCAGGAUUCAUGUUUUAGCUGAAAUUAAGAUACUUAAAAUACUUUAACCCUUUCAUGCAUCAAUUAUGACAAAAAAAAUCCUGAUUAAGGUUUAAUUGAAAUUUAAUCAGGCAGUUUGUCACUUCUAUGGCUGAUUUGGACUUCAGCAGAUACACCUGUGGUCAUUUUGUGAUGUAGUCAAUAAACAUGCAAACAUACUGAUUUCCAGUUUUGGUUUUUGUUAGCUUUCCAGUAAGAUCCAUUCCAACCAGUUCAAAUGAUUGGAAAACCAUAAAUAAAAAUGUCACGGCGAGUGAAGUGAGCCGUGUGGAGAUAAUGAAGUAGGAUCCAAACGCAGGCACUUGUAAAGGUGGUUUAUUGAAAGUAAAGUACAAAAUAGAAAAAGGGCAAACUGGACUGCAGACUAUCUGAACUGGGAACAACUAAACUACAAAACACGAACCAGGACACGAACAUGAAGAAGGAUGGGCGGAGGCAAGUGAUGACGGACAGCAGGGAGAACACAUGGAUGAAAUACGAUGGAUACACAGACGGACCAGCGACUACAACACCAGAAGACACGACUUAAAUACACUCAG